AUGGGGCGUGCCGUCGGAGGACAAGAUCGGGCCCAGGGGCGGAGUUUCAAGGUUCCGGAACCGGUCCGGGUGUUUGGGUUUGAGGAGGGCACCACCCAGUCGGCUGCGGCCUAUCGCGCCGAGCUGGAGGCGCGGCUGGACGCGGCGGAGCGCACGGUGCGCAUCCAGGCCGAGCGCCUGGCCCACCAAGACCAGCAGCUGCGCGCCGCCCUGGACGAGCUGGGCCGCGCUAAGGACCGCGAGAUUGCCACUCUCCAGGAGCAGCUGCUGACCUCCGAGGCCACUGUCCACAGCCUGCAGGCUGCCGUGCACCAGAAGGACAAGCUCAUCAGGCAGCUGCAGCCCCGGGCCGAGCUGCUGCAGGACAUAUGCCGCCGGCGACCACCCCUGGCUGGGCUGCUGGCAGCCCUGGCUGAGGCUGAGCGCCUAGGUCCCCUGCCAGCCAGUGAUGCUGGCCACCCACUCUCUGGUGGGCCCAGUUUACUCCUUGCCAACAGCAUUGGGGAGGAGGGGGACAGGGAUCAACUCCAGCCAGCAGUGUUUGGGACCACUGUGUGAGCCCCAGAGCACAGAUUUCAGAAUGGAGACAGAGGGUGCCUGUGGAGAAUUUUUCCAUUGCUGUGGACAUCCUUAAGGGUGGGGAGGGGUUUCACCAGUGUCCCAGAGGGGAGGUGGCAGAGGCAUAAUCCUUUCCAAGCAUCAGACCUGCUAAAAAGUCAUAGGUUUCAAAUGGUCAGCCUGCAGGCCAAAUGAAAAUGUUCAGCCCAGACAGAAUUUUUUUAAAAACAAAAUUUUGAAUCAAUUAUCCUUCUUGAAAAAGUGGCAAUGUUUACACACAAAAAUCUGGAUUUCUGGCUUCAGACCUGGCCAUACCUGCUUGGAUCUGAACCCAGAAUACCUUCUUCAGCCAGAGUGUGAGUUUUUUUUUUUAAAAUGUAUCUUUAUUGAUUUCAGAGAGAGGAAAGGAGAGGGAGACAGAGAGAG